GGGGAGGCGGCGGGCGGGAGGCUGUCGGCGACGCGGCGCUGAGACGGCUCCGCGCCCCGGCGGGAACGCGAGGCUUUGCGGCCAGCCCCGGCGGUCAGGCCGUGCGAGAGCCGCCCCGGAGGGACCGCAAAUGAAGUGCGAGAACUGCACCAAAAAGGAAUGCAGUAAAAAACAGAAAAAUGACGAUGCACAGAGUACCUCGGUGGAUGUGCUGAGUUCUAACGAUGACUUCGAGGAGAAAAAUGAGUUUUUUACAUUGGCUAAUGCUAAAAUACUCCUUAGCGACUGCCUAGCGUGUGACAAUUGCAUGACAUCAGAAGAAGGAGCCAGAGUUUUCCAACAGAAUCAGAAGGAGUUCUUUCGCAUUCUCAACCUUAAUAAGAAGUGUGAUACCUCAAAACACAAAGUGUUGGCAGUGUCUAUAUGCCCUCAGUCAUUGCCUUAUUUUGCUGCUAAAUUCAGUCUCUCUGUGAAUGAUGCAGCCAAGAGGCUCUGUGGUUUCCUCAAAAGUCUCGGGGUGCAUUAUGUAUUUGACACCACUAUAGCUGCUGAUUUCAGUAUCCUGGAGAGCCAGAGGGAAUUUGUGCAGCGGUAUCAACGGAGGAACCAGGAGGAGCAUGCCUUACCAAUGUUUGCCUCUGCUUGCCCUGGUUGGAUCCGGUACGCAGAAAGGGUUCUUACCAACCUUGUGACUCCCCACAUUUGCACUGCGAAGUCUCCACAGCAGAUCAUGGGCUCUCUGGUAAAGGGCUACUUUGCCAGGCAGCAGAAUUUGUCUCCAGAAAAAAUCUUCCAUGUGGUUGUGGCGCCUUGUUACGACAAAAAACUGGAAGCCUUGAGGGAGGACUUCUACACUGCCUUGUAUAACUCCCAAGAAGUUGAUUGUGUUCUAACAUCAGGUGAAAUUGUCCAAAUAAUGGAGCAGAAAAAUGUGUCUAUGAAAGAUGUGACUGAAGUAGCUGUAGAUAGUUUGUUUGGUGAAAUAAAGGAGGGAGAUGUAGUAAGGCACGAUGGGAAGAGAUCUGAUGGGUACCUGGAGCACAUCUUUAAACAUGCUGCAAAGGAGCUUUUUGGCAUGGAUGUCAAAGAAAUCACCUACAAAGCAUUAAAGAACAAAGACUUCCAGGAAGUUACCCUUGAAAAGGAUGGUGAGACAGUGCUGCGUUUUGCAGCAGCGUAUGGCUUUCGGAAUAUCCAAAACAUGGUUCUGAAGUUGAAGAAAGGAAAGUUUUUAUACCAUUUUGUAGAAGUCCUUGCCUGCCCAGGAGGGUGCCUAAAUGGAAAAGGCCAGACACAAACUGAAGAUGGAAAACCAGAUAAAGCACUGCUUAGCCAGAUGGAGGACGUGUAUGCUGCAAUACCUGUCAGACUUCCAGAAGCCAACGUGUAUGUACAAAAGAUGUACCAGGACUGGCUGGAAGGCAUGGAUUCCAGGAAGGUCCAGGAAACUUUGCACACCAAAUACAGUGCAGUAAAUCAAACAGCAAGCAACUUGGAUAUCAAAUGGUAACAAAUCAAACUUCCAAAAUAUUUGCUUAGAUUAGUUACAGAUUGAGCACUGGAAACAUUCUAUGCAAUCGCAGAUGCUAUGCACUAGCCAAGUGUAUGAAUGAGAUGCUUUCCAAAUUGUGGAUCAUUAGCUGUGAAGAACUAUUGCUUUUUGAAAACAAAACCAGAAGUCUCCAAAAGCCCUGGUUCCUGCUGGGUUCCUGCCAUUGUCUGUAAGCUCUUACUGCUUGUUGUCUCCUGUGUAUAAUGGAUUUCUUCAUUCGAAAACAUGAUCUUGCAAGGUACAUGAGCAUUCUCUGCCAGGUGCAGGGAGUGUAUCUCUAAAAUACUCCAGAUUGAGGGUUCCUGUUACUUCACAAAUUGGGUUUUUGCAGGAAAGUGAGAUCAUCUUCUCCUACUCCAAAGUCUGCAAUUUUCUUCUUGGGAGAACAGUCAUAAUGAAUUACUAUAUUAUUCCAACUGUUAUUUAGUAACUUGGGAUUUACUUGUCCAUGUUGUGGGGUUAUUUUAUUAGCAAGACCAGUACGUAUAUGGAGAGAUGUAAGGAAUUUAUAUAUGCCUUCUGUCCAUAUUUGAACAAAUGCUUUUCAGUUGCAAACUAGAGUCACUGUUCUUUACUGAUAAAACCUUUUGUAAGGAACAAGAUGCUUCAUAUAAACUGAACAUGAGAAAUUAGUGUUAAAUGGUUGUAAUGCAAUCCUUCACGUAAAAAUACUUGCAAAUUGGUUGGAAAGAGAACUUCUCUUAAGUUCUCUUAUAAACGCACAGCUAGAAAGAAUGAUGCUGUUUACUUGCAGUUCUUUAUGGAAGCAAAACGUGCAAAUGUGCCACUAUGUGAGCAUGUGCACACAACAGCUUCAUUAGAUCUGCUGAGCCAGAUUUACAGCACUUCUAUCUCAUCUUUCACUACACAAAAUACCACGUUAUUCCUUUUAAUUCAUCUCCAUGAUGAUGGGCUUCUGUAACUGCAUGGAGUGCUCCUGGAAAACUACUUAGCAAUGCUUGUGAGGUCAAGUCGUUAUGCAUUGGCAUCAUUAAUUUUGGUGUCCUUAUUUUUUAGGUAUGCCAAAAAGCUUUGUUUAACAAACAUCUUAAAGUGGUAUCUGUGUGCAAACAUUUCUGCAGCUUCAUGGAGUGGGCAGAGUUGUUUUGUCCGCCAUAAUCUUGAACAUCAACCUGUUGCCAAACGUCUUCAGAUUAUCCUAGCAGCAUCAGAUUUGUUCUUGAUAAAUGGAUUAUUAUUAUUAUUAUUUUAAGCUAGCAAGGUUUCAGAUUGUUUUCCAGUCUGAGAAUAUAGAUUGGCUUUUUUUUUUUUCAGUUGUUUCUGGAAGUGUUUGAAUGCAUCUUGCAAAUUUCCUAGUUGUACAGCUGCUUCUGUGCAUCACUUCCAGUACUGCACAAACCUGUGUCUGUUUGCAGUCAGCAGUUAACUUGAACAUAGUGGAUGUGAUAACGGCAUCAGUAAAGGCAGUGCAGGUGCUUGCAGUGGCAGAACAGAGGCUCGAGGAGAGACACUUAAGUAUGUUACCCUGGUGACGAGAGAGCUGAAUGUGAAGCUGUUAAUAGAAUUGAUCUCUUAGUUGGACCUCCAAUUAAACUAAAUAGAAUGUUUCACUUUGAGGGAUAUUUUUACAAAUGCACAUGAAUGAGAUUACUGCGCUACCUGAAUGCACACAAUGAGAUUAUUCCUGUAAAUUAGCCUUUGUAAGUUGUUCCUUGUUUCAGUAAAAAAAAAAAACCUUACACUUACGUGGUGCAAUAUCAGGACAUCUACAGAAAUCUACCUCUGUACAGGAAGGGAGUCCAGAACCAUGGGAAGACCCACACACAGCCAAAAUCUCCAUAAAUGCCAAGGCCAGAUGGUGGUGUUGCAUAGAAUGUCUGAACAGACUGCUUCUGGAAGCAACAGCUCACCCAUUCAUUCACCUUUUCUUUCUGUCAUGAUUUCCUCCAAAAACUUCCCUAGAAAGAAAUAACUUGGAACCAAGUGGUCUCAUUCUGUUUGUAUAGGCAUAUGUUUCUAUGUAUAUAUGGUUUAUAGCUUGAUGGCAUGUUUAAAUUAUAUCGCUUCCAUUGUUUGUAUAGUGUGCUUAUUUUUUUAUGUGCGUAUACUGGACGAAAUGGUACAGCAAAUUUGUUUGCUUUUCUGAUGAAAUCUUCAUUAAAUUUCAAAAGAGCUGCCUCCCAAUUCUGAAAAGGUACCCCGGAUCGUUUGCACAGCUUGAAAAACAGGGCAUUGCUGCUCGUGUUCUCUCCUGCCUGCUGCCCUGAAGAGCCACGCUGCCCCCACUGUGUGACCCCAGGAGCAGGCAGUGCCUGCAGGGAGCCUGUCUGCAGCCUUCCUUGCUGUGCUGACACUGCGAAGGAAGCACGUGGCUCAGUAUGUUAAAAAACCAAACUCUUUCAGUUGAAUCCACCCCCCGUUUCUUCCCUCUGCUUGGCGUUGUAAUGUACUGAGAUAGCAGUGCAAAAAUCCAGUAGCCAAUGCGUCCUGCAGUCUUCUUUUGAAGAUGACAGAGGCAUUGAGCUGAGCAGCUUCUAGUGGCGAGUUGGAAUGUAUGUAUUAUAACCAGUGAUGGUGUCUGAUACUUGUCUUUUUUUUUUUUGCCAGCUUUUGUUUUAUAAGACUUGGAGUAAAACUGAUUUUAAAUUUUUAGAACUUUUUUUCAUGUGCCAGUUUGGGUUUUUUCAUGACCUUUUAACUGUAAUUAGCCUCUGCCCCUCUACCUUCUUUCAGUGAGAUUUUAACAUAGAUUAGACAGCCUUGUUGCAGCUUUGCAUAUAGUGGAACACUUGCCUGAGACUUGAUUCUGGCUGUUAAGUCUACGUUUGCCAUGUCUGUUGUUGCUGACACUGAGUAGUUUUAGCUACAGUUUCCAAAGCUACAGCAUCACUUAGGAUGUUUUUUUCCUAACUAAUAAUUCUCAUUGCCACUGCUUUUCUGCAGUGGGGAGCAGUUCUCAGUGUGGUGGCAGCCACAGAGCUUUACUUCUCAGUUGAAUGUUGUGCUGAGACAAUCUGUCUCCAGGUGACUUUUGAAAAGAGUACAUUGAAGGGAUGGGGGGGAGGGUAACUGGAAAUGCAAAACUUUAAUGUGGAAGUUGUCUUAAGGUAUUACUGACCUGAACAUAUCCAGUGGCAGGUGGUACCUCGGGUUGUGCAGUACCUGAUGCUGAGACUGCUACGAGGGAUUGUAAAGUAAUUUUGCUCUGCCUUUUCCAGUAAGUUUGCCUCAGCCACAGAGCCCUGUGUUGCUUUAUCCACUGCAAGUAAAGAAGAGGGAGAGAAACAAAGGGUGACAACCGUGUUUGUAUGUAGCAGUCUCAACUGGAUUAUAUCUGGAUCAUAAUGUUCAGUUAAUUAAGCUACAGUGCUUUGUGUUCAAAUGGAGCAUGACCAUGAAUUGUCCUAAUAAAUCUUGAUACUGAAUCACGAA